CAUAAUGAGAAGUCGAUUGGUUGUUGUUUAUUAGCAAAAAUUGCGAAGAAAAGAGCGGAAGCAGGAACGGAUGCCCCAGCAGCUACUUCUACCACCAAUACCGCGGAGCUAGAGAACAAAUCACCUGUUCGUGAACGUGAUCCACAAUUGCUUCAAGAACUAGACAAGUUAAAUGAUAUGCCGUCUUGUCUUCUUCAAAUUAUCGUCGACGAUAGUGACAUAAUGACGCGUCAACGUAUGGUUUCUCGUCUGCCUGCUCGCUAUACUGUGGACACUAUCAUCAAUGAUUAUUGCGCCGAAGUUGGUUUUUCGCCAAAGGAAGGCGAUGAUUCUGCUGUGGCGGACUCCCCGUCAGGACUUGGAAGUAGUGCGGUUGGACUGCGUGAUUUCUUCAACGGCGUAUUGGGGUACGUUCUAAUUGAUUUAGCGGUAUUGUUUUCUUUUCGCCUAAUAAGA